AGCCACAGAAACCUAUUGGCUAAAAUAUAACUUACACAUGAGCAGCAAAAAAAGCUUCAAGACGUUUAUACUUUUUUUGUAAUCCUUUGAUCUUUUUACGUGUAAGCUACACGCAAAAUCUUUAGAGUGUUUUUUUUUUUUUGUAAUACUCAUUAAUCAUCAGUAUGUCGUCGACGGGACAAGCGCCGGAGAAAUCCAAUUUUUCUCAGAGGUGUAGUUUGCUCAGCCGGUACUUGAAGGAGAAGGGAAGUUUUGGGAAUAUUAAUAUCGGGUUGGCUCGAAUAUCCGAUCUUGAGCUCGCCGGAAAAUUCGACCUCAAAGGACAACAAGAUGUAAUUAAGAAGGCAGAAACCAGAUCUUUCGAGUUGAUUCAGAAGCUUUCUGAUGGUGAAGCCUCUACUUCUUCUGGAUGCAAAGCCAUAGAUGUUGUUGAUCUCAGUGAACCGGAAAAAGUAGUACCGGAGCCUGGUAAUUCACAGUUGACCAUAUUCUUCGGAGGAAAAGUUAUGGUUUUUAACGAGUUUCCUGAAGACAAGGCAAAGGAGAUAAUCGAAGUAGCGAAAAAAUCUAUUCAUGUUGAUUCGAAGAACACUCAGACUCAGACUCAGAUUCAGACUGAGGACCACAUGAAUCUUGACAUGAACAUUAGCAUCAGCAAAAGCAAUGUGGUCAUUCCUGAUCUGAACGAGCCAAAUAGUUCAGGGAACAAUGAAGGUCAACAAACAGGACAGCAACAUCAGGGCGUGGAACGCAUUGCAAGAAGAGCUUCUCUUCAUCGAUUCUUUGCUAAACGAAAAGACAGGGCUGUGGCUAGAGCUCCAUAUCAAGUGAACCAAAACGGUGGGCAUCUUCCUCCCAAGCCGGAUAUGGUCAGUCCAUCGCCAAAGGCAGGGCAAUCCUCAGGACACUUUGCAACCCCUCCAAAACCCAAGGCCCAUACUUAAUUUAAUCAUAUGGGGCAAGAUAUUAAGAAGGACAGUCUUCCAAAGAUGUUGAGCUGAAGAUAUAGGACAUAUAAAAAACUCACGAAUUCAUGUUUGUUGUUUCAGUUGUUUAGGAUUUCUAGCCAAAUAUAUAUUUAUAUAUUUAUAUAUAUUCUAUUCUUCCAUACUU